AAACAGGAGGGUAACCGAGAGGAGACACCAUAUUUCUCUACAAGUGAAGUAAAUGCAUAUAAAAACAUUUGCGUGCAGUAUAGGAAUAACUUGAAACGUGAUGUGAAUAAAUGUUAUCGUUAUUGAAUGUGUAAAUAAAAACAUCAUUCUGAAAUGAUUAAACAUACGCAGCAUGUUCUGGAUAGAUACGCGAAUCAUGUGGCAUGACAGCAAUUAUUUUUUUGUUCGGAGUUCAAUAACGGGCCUCGAACGAGCUCGUACUGGCCUCAAAAUUACGAGCCUCGUAUGUGCUUGUACGGGGCUUGAAAACAACAAUUACGAGCAUCAUACAAGGUCGCAUUUGUGAGGAUUUAGUUAUUAUAUUACACCUGCUAUAUAUUUUAAUGCGCUUAUUCAUGUUAUGAUAGAAGCAUAAAGUAUAAAAUAUAAUUAUGUGGGUUGGUGAUAUGCAAAGAAACGUGUGGAGAGCAUCAUGAAGAAGAUUUCAGAUAGCUGCUCAUUAAUUUACCUGGUUUAGGUUUAAAGGUGUAUCACACCAAUGGGAAAUUUGAUAUGAUAGUGGGUUGGGUGUGAUUGUGAUCCUGGUCUUGGUUACAUCUUGGUUUCCAGUCAUCUCAACUCCAGGUAGAUUUUAAUGCCAUCAACUAUAUUAUAGUCUCCAACGUUUUUGUGAAUGGUGUUUGAUGGUUGGUGGUUGGCAUUUUGGCAGUUGACAUUUGGUGGUCAGCAUUUUUCCAAAAAGAACUUGGCGUUACCAUAUCUUGAAAUCAGCUUCUCAGAUAUUCUAUAGAUGCGUAGGCAAGUUCUAUACAUGUAGUUCAAAAACUCAUCAUCUUGUAAUCUGGCAGUUAUUUAAGAUGUUUUUCUAUAAAUCUCGCAACCACCUACUUGGUGGUGUGAUUUCAUUCGCGUCACAUGGCUUGUUUAUUAUCUUCACAAUCAAUACAAUAUAAUAAUAACACACUGUGAUGGCGAGGCUAUGCCUUAUUGGGCCUUAUAAAUAAACCCUUCAAUGCCUCAGAUAUUAAUAUAGAUGACUACAAGUGUAACAGUAGUGCUACAUGACUAUGUUUAUAUUGAAGUGAAUACUAAUAGGCUAGAAAUUUCAAAUAUAUUGAGAAGAAAUUGAAUAUCGAUGCAUUAAAACGAUCUAAUUAUUAUUAUGAAUUAAUUAAAUAAAUUGGAUUUGGACAAAGUUCACCAAUAGUUGGGGAAACUAUAUUCCUAAAAAAACUUGAAUACUGGAUUGCAAAAUGGACAAUCGGACAUCUGUUUAUUGAACUGAAAAAGCAGAGAUUUUCCAUGGAUAAUUCAACAGAAUUGAUGAUGCACAAUGCUACCAACAAUACGGAAACUGUUUAUCCACAGUAUGCAAUUGCGAUGCAACUUUGGACCUAUGGAUUUCCAAUUUUGGUACUUUUUGGAACAUUGGGGAAUAUUCUAACAUUGAUUGUGCUGAACAAGAAAAAAUCCUCAAUUCGAUAUACGACCACGUCAUUUUUGUUGACAAUCCUUGCGGCAUCAGAUACAUUUUGUCUGUUAUUUAGCAGCACACGUAUGUUCUUUGUAAGCUUAGGACAUGACUGGUCUGUGAGUCAUUCAUUUGCUUGUAAACUUCAGUUGUUUUUGACAUUCACCAGCAGUGACUUUUCCUCAUGGCUUGUUGCCUUAGUUGCUAUAGAGAGAGCGCUUGCAGUAAUGAUUCCACACAGGGCAAAGGCUUUGUGCACACGCAAGAAUUUCACAAUCGCAGUGCUGCUUAGUCUAACAUUUUUAAUGCUGAUUAAUUGCCAGUUUUUUGCCACUCAUGGCGUGAUGACUGGUUUCGAUGGUGCACCUGUUUGCAUGACCAACUCGCCUGCUAAUUACAAUUUCUAUUUCUUCGUGUUUAGUUGGAUUGACCUCUGCACUUUGUGCCUCCUACCGUUCAGUGUCCUUAUCAUCUGUAACUCCAUCAUCUUGAUUAAGCUCCACAUGCAGAAAACCUCUGGUGGCUUAAGCAGCAUCAAAAUGGCGCCCACAACAGUAAUGCUGAUAUCCAUCAGUGCGUUCCUACUUAUUACAUCGGCUCCAUUGAUGAUUGCCAAUAUCGGGGCAGAGAUUUGGGGGAAAGAUAGCAAAGAGGAAACAAAAGCUAACAUUCUUCUUUUCACUUUUGUAGGACUCUUUAUCCUCUACUUCAAUAAUACAUUCAACUGUCUCUUAUACUCACUAAGUUCUCCUAAAUUCCGAAGAGAACUUGUUUCGCUGUUCAGUAUGAAGUCAUCUGCAUUAAAUAGUGUUGCCCCCUCAACUGGUUUGAGGUCAGGUCCCUCCACAAGACUUGCUACAAUUUAUAUGGACACAUCACGGAUCCAAUCAGUAGUUUCACUUAAACCAAGAGAGGACCCAUACGUCUUACCUUCGUCAGAAUGUAUCAUUGGCUCUACUAAGCCACAAUUGAUUAAUGUAUUGCCUCGGGAAGAACAACAGGACUGAACCCAUUAAUGUAAAACUCAAAUUAGGAUGUUCAAAGACUGUACCCAUUACAUCACUGGUUUGAACCUAUGAUUUUAAACUCAAUUCAGGGUGUUCAAAAGCUGUAAAUAGUACAUCACUGGUUUGAACCUAUGAUUUUAAACUCAAUUCAGGGUGUUCAAAGACUGUACCCAUUGCAUCAUUGGUUUGAACCUAUGAUUAUAAACUCAAUUCAGGAUGUUCAAAAACUGUACCCAGUACACCAUUGGACUGAAGCUGUCAAUUUACACUUCAAUCAAAAUGUUUAAACACUGUAUUCAGUGCAUCAAUUGAUUGAACCUUUAAUGUGUACAUAUGAAAAGCUAUUGUAAAGACUGUUUAAAUUGUGUUUAAGUAAAAAGAAGUUAUUGUGAAAAAAACUAUUAAAAUAAUGUUCUCAAAUAAUUUAUAUUGUUUUUGUAUGAUCUUUUCAUGAGACAUAUGUAGAUUUUGCAAAAGAGAAAAUUUGGUACACUUGACUAGAAUCCAUAGAAUGAACGUUAUUAUUUUUUUCUUUGAAACGUUAUACAUAUAUUUUCAUUCAUGCCCACAUUUGUAGUAUUGUAAUUUCGCUCUGUAUUAUUUACAUUACCUAACACUGUGGUAUUUUGCCUGUAUAGUUUCCAGAUUUAUUAGACAUCCCUCUAUUGAUUUUUUUGCUUUCAAAUCUUGACAGGUGCAUGUACAUUAUUAGAAAAUGAAAUAUACAUAAUGAUGUAAUAUAUACAGUUUUCUUGUUAAUUGGCACCAUUAGGUAAAUCAAAGGCUGACUCAGAGUGCAGGA